CACCUCCACUACCACCAUUCCUAAAUUCUAUCCAUCUAUAUAUAUAUACCUAAGAUCUAGUACUAAUUCUGGAUGAAGGUACCAAGACGUAAAAUCUAGAGUAAUAAAUGUGAGAGAUGAUUCCCGCUGGAGUAGCGAGACCGCUGGGAGGUUGUUACCCGUCAGGGCUUGAACAUGCUGAUGCUUCACAUUCACAGUCGAUGUUAGGGCUUGUGAAUUUGCCCGACUACAAUGGCGUUCACUUCCAUCGGAGAUUCAAGGGUUGGGGCCUCUCCCUCUCCGUCUUCUCCAGUCCCAAAUCCAAGUUUUCUACGUCGGUCAAGGCUAUUAAUGACUCCAACAUGGCUUAUGUCAACGGCAAGGUGGAUACCGAGAUUCCUGGUGGUUGGCCUGAUUCCCAAGACCCAUCCGAAACUGACCAUCUUGGAGCUGGACUAAUUUCCGGGAAACAUCACCGUGUGACAUCAACUGUUGGGAAUUCAACAAACAUCAUGUGGCAUGAAUGUUCAAUUGGGAAACUUGAAAGACAAAAACUGCUCCAGCAGAAAGGAUGCGUUAUAUGGAUUACGGGUCUCAGUGGUUCAGGAAAAAGCACUGUGGCAUGUGCUCUGAGUCGGGGUUUGUACAAUAGAGGAAAGUUGUCCUACCUCCUUGAUGGUGACAAUGUUCGGCAUGGCCUUAACCAAGAUCUCAGUUUUGCAGCAGAAGACCGUGCAGAAAAUAUACGAAGGAUUGGGGAAGUAGCGAAGCUCUUUGCAGAUGCUGGUAUUAUUUGCAUUGCCAGUCUGAUAUCUCCUUAUCAAAGAGACCGGGAUGCAUGCCGUGCAUUAAUGACUGACGGAAAUUUUGUUGAGGUCUUCCUAGAUGUACCAUUGCAAGUAUGUGAGGCCCGGGAUCCAAAGGGCUUGUACAAGCUUGCACGUGAAGGAAAGAUCAAAGAUUUUACUGGUAUUGAUGAUCCAUAUGAACCACCUUUGAAUUGUGAGAUAGUAUUACGGCAUGAAGGAGCUGGUGCUUCCCCUCGUGAGAUGGCUGAAAAAGUGAUAUCCUACUUGGAGGAGAAGGGGUUCCUGCAUGUGUGAGUACUUGCAUAAAAAGAAAGCUGGUUAGUCGUCAGCCUGUGAAGCUACCCUUUCAAUUGUAUAGGAUUGCAAGCGAUAAACAUAAGUUAUAUCUGCCCCUGAUUCUUCAAUUGCUCUCUCUUUCUGAAUUGAUUAAUUCGUCAUGUUUUUCUUGUUAGUUGAAUGCUUCAUUGUUCUGUGCAGCUUUAUUAUUUUGAUUGUAAAUAAAAAGGGGCAUUGGUUUGGUUGAA